CUCCACAUUCGCACGGAAGAGCACCUGACCGUCCAAGCCAAUCGUGACGGCGGUGUUAAUCUGUUUGAGGUUAGUGGGAUUUUGCAUGUUCAAGCAGGCGACGAGCACACCUCUACGGCUCGCAUUCGCGUUAAUUUGAGCCGAGCUACAGCGGGCAGCGAUGGGCGCCCUCCAGCCUCAUUUCAGACGCACCCCAACAUUGACAAGGCCAGGUUUCAGAAUAAUAACUGGUUGGCGAUAAAACCAGGUGGGAAGGCUUUUAUUGUGGGCAAGGAAGUGGCGGUGCUUAAGUGGCGUCUACAAACACAAGCGGAGGCUGCCCUUCCUGUGCUCAUCAAUUGUUGGCCUGCUGAGAUUUCGGGUGGUUUCGAGGUGAAUGUGGAAUAUGAUUUGCAGGAUACGUCGUUGUCUUUGCAGAACUUUUGCAUCACCAUACCUUUGCCACCAGCCACAAGGCCUCCGGUUGUAAGCUCCUGUGACGGCGACUAUGAAGUGGAUACUCGCCGUAGUCAACUGCGUUGGACGCGGCCUCUAGUGGACGCGGACAAUGCCACUGGUAGUCUCGAGUUCACAGUUCGUACCGAUCGCGGAACAAAGGCCGAUCUCUUCUUUCCCGUCUGCCUUGACUUCACCUCCGCUGUAUCCUAUUGUGGCGUUGAGGUGAUUGAAGCGUCUGAUGCGAAUGACACACCCUUGAAAUUCUCCACAGAGGCAAAUUUCCUUCCGGAUCGGUAUGAGAUUGUGUAG